AUGCAGCUAAAUUGUCUUACUUUGUGCACACCCGCGCUGAUAAUUCAGCUAGUGGUAUGUUUAGCUUCAGCGGAAGAUAGUAUAUUCAAUCCUCGUUUAUAUACUCAUGAUUCUGAUUAUUCCAUUAAGGAGUAUUUAAUAAGCUACUUGGGGAUGACAUACGAUAUUAUUAAAGGGAAUCCACUGGGGGAUCCACUCUUCGGUGCAGAUUUGGGGUAUAGGCGUUACGUCCUUAAGAAUAAAAUGAGGCUGAGCGAUGGGCUGAUAAGCGGUAAGGACAAAAGUAAGAAUGACAGUAACAGUGAUAGUAACAGGGAUAAGAACAGGGAUAGAAACAGGGAUAGGAACAGUAAUAGGAACAGUAAUAGGAAGAGUAACAGGAACAGUAAUAGUAAUAGUAAUAGUUAUAGUAAUAGUGAUGGUAGUAGUGAUGGUAGUAGUGAUGGUAGUAGUGAUGGUAGUAGUGAUGGUAGUAGUGAUGGUAGUAGUGAUGGUAGUAGUGAUGGUAGUAGUGAUGGUAGUAGUGAUGGUAGUAGUGAUGGUAGUAGUGAUUAUGGGGGGGUGCGGUACAGCGCGCUCGAGAGGGGGAGCGUAAAAUGCAGCAGGUCAAAGGAACAAAGUGUUAUUAACGAAGUGGAGGACAUACAUAAGGAAUACAAAAAGAGCUACAGAUUUCCACCGCAGUAUAACAUUCAGCCUUUUAGUGGCUCUAAUUAUUACAAAAUGCUAGUGGACCGAAUUAACAGAGGGGAUUCUAUAAUAAUAAAAAAGGAGCUGUGUGCAAAAUAUUUUGUUUCUCUUAAUAAAGUGAACGGUAAUAUGUUGGAUGCAAAUUUUAUCGAUAUGCUAACCAAGUUAGGAGAAAAUUAUCAAAAUGUACAAGAUGAUAAACAUAAAUGUAAUUUAGAAAUGUAUAGAAACAAUAAAUAUAAGGAAAACUGUUUAAAGACUAUAACACCUUGGAUGAACUUUUUCAAUUUAUUUGGUACUCACCUAAUAUCAGGGAUAUAUUAUGGUGGAAGCAUAAUCAAUAAUUUGUAUGUACAAAAUGAUAACAUGAAAAAUAGUUUUAGAAAGAUUAAAUUAAAUAAAAAAAGGUUAACCCCUUUUGUUAUCCUUAAUAAGAAUAAUUACCAUAGUAGAAACUUAAACUUCGGUUCAGUCAUAUCAAAUGAAAAAAUAUAUUACAUCAAAGAGAGGAAUUUAUUAGUACACGGAGGAGAAGAUAAUCAAUAUGGAAAGAAUGGAAUAAGUGCUUUAAAAUCGAAUUGGCAGAAGAAGUGGAAAAAUAGCAUUAAGGGAAAACUAGCAAAACCGAUUAAAUUAAUUUUUAUACCAUUUGCCCAUUUUUUAGAAUCAGAUGAAGGGAAAGUUUCCUAUUAUAUGGCUUUAGAAUAUUAUUCUAAUUUGAGUUAUUCUAAUUAUAAUAUAUAUCCUUUUCAGUUAAACAAAAACGAAGUAGACAUGUAUAAAAUGCAUAUAAAAAGAUAUAGACAAUAUAUAGAUAAGAAUGUUAAUUAUAAUAUUUCACCUAAAUGUAAAGGAGGGGAAAAGAUUAUAAGUGGUUUUAUUAUUACUAAUAAGAAAAAACUAUAUGAUGAUAAUAUUAUAAUGCAUAUGUGUUCUUUGACUAAUGAGUGUGUUAGUGGGGUAGAUAUACAUGCAGAUAAAAAUUUUGAAUUUGGAUGGAUUUUAUGUAGCCAAGAAAAUUUAAAUCAAAUACAUCAAAUGAAGAAGUUGGUCCAAGGGAAUGGAAAAAUUACUUGCCCAUCAAAAAUGAAAGUAGGUUUUGGUUUUACCUUAACGGUCAGAAAGGGUAUACAAAGAAAUAUUAACAUGAAACCGUGUGUAAGUAACAGAAAAGAAUGUGAAGUUAGUGGUAAGCUGGAGGAAAGGGAAGAGCACUAUAUGGCGGAAAUACCCCAUCACACCCUUGACGAAGGUGCACAAAGUUUUCUAUGGAUAAACUGUCUUCCAAAUGAAAAGAGUCUAUUAUUGGAUUCGUUAGAGUCUAAGGUUUAUUGUGAAAAAAUUUACUUAAAUGAUAGCACUGUGGUUAGUUUAACUUGCUCAAAAGGAAAAUUUAUUAUUGCUGGAUUUGCAGUCGAUUACACAGCAUCUACUAUUGACGAUUAUGAGAUUUGCCCAGUAGGAAGUUCUUCAUGUGAAAUUAAAAUUCGUGUGCAAGAAAUAAACAGCCAGGAAGUGCACACUCCUAUAAUUUACAUAGUAUGUUCAUCUCUCUAA